GAAAGAAGCAUAAAUAAGAGAAGAACUGAGAGAAAGAGAAAAUUGUGAGAAUAUUCAGGAUAGUUUGGCUUAGAGUCACGUGAAACAGGUGACCAUGGUGCCCAUGCAGGCCCCUAUAUGUCUGGUAGGAAACAGGAAUGGAGAGCUGACAGUAAACCAGGAAGCCCUGAGGAUUCUUACUUCCAUUACCGAGCCAGUGGUGGUGGCAGCCAUUGUUGGCCUGUACCGUACUGGAAAAUCCUACCUGAUGAACAGGCUGGUGGGAAAGAACACAGGCUUCUCCCUGGGCUCCACUGUGCAGUCCCACACAAAGGGCAUCUGGAAGUGGUGUGUCCCUCACCUCAGCAAACCUGACCAUACCUUAGUUCUCCUUGACACUGAGGGCCUUGGAGAUGUGGAAAAGGUGACCAUGGUGCCCAUGCAGGCCCCUGUAUGUCUGGUAGAAAACAGGAAUGGAGAGCUGACAGUAAACCAGGAAGCCCUGAGGAUUCUUACUUCCAUUACCGAGCCAGUGGUGGUGGUAGCCAUUGUUGGCCUGUACCGUACUGGAAAAUCCUACCUGAUGAACAGGCUGGCGGGAAAGAACAAAGGCUUCCCCCUGGGUUCCACUGUGCAGUCCCAAACAAAGGGCAUCUGGAUGUGGUGUGUCCCUCACCCCAGAAAACCUGACCAUACCUUAGUUCUGCUUGACACUGAAGGCCUUGGAGAUGUGGAAAAGGGUGACUCCAAGAAUGACUCCUGGAUCUUUGCUCUGGCCAUUCUGCUCAGCAGCACUUUUGUCUACAACAGCAUGAAUACCAUCAACCACCAGGCUUUGGAACAGAUGCAAUAUGUGUCAGAACUGACAGAGCUAAUCAAGGUCAAAUCCUCACCUAAUGCUAUUGCAGAAGAAGACUCAGCAGAGUUUGUGGGCUUCUUCCCAGACUUUGUGUGGACUGUGCGGGAUUUCACCCUGGAGCUUGAGCUGGAUGGCCACCCCAUCACCCCAGAUGAGUACCUGGAAAAUGCCUUGAAACUCAGUGAAGGUGACCACCCAAAAAUUAAAAUGGCCAACCUUCCAAGAGAGUGCAUCAGAAAAUUCUUUCCAAAACGAAAGUGUUUUACAUUUGACCGUCCAACAAACAAUAAGGCAUUUUUAGCCCAUCUUGAAAAUGUCCAAGAAAGCCAGCUGGAGCCUGUGUUCAAGAAUCAGGCAGACAACUUCUGCUCUUACAUCUUUUCCAAUGCAAAACCCAAGGCCCUUAGUGGGGGCAUCAUGGUCAAUGGGAAUCGGUUGGGAAAGCUGCUGGAGACAUACGUGACGACAAUCUCUAGUGGAGACAUUCCCUGCCUGGAGAAUGCAGUGCUGGCAUUGGCUGAGACUGAGAAUUCAGCUGCUGUGCAAAAAGCUACCAACCAUUAUGUAGAACAGAUGGUCCUAAAGCUGGAUUUUCCCACAGAAACUCUCCAGGACCUGCUAAACCUACAUACAGACUGUGAGAAAGAAGCCAUCUCAGUUUUCAUGAAGUAUUCUUUCAAGGAUGAAACACACAAGUUCCAGAAGGAACUGGUGCAAAUCUUAGAAACCAAGAAGAAUUAUUUCAUAUACCAAAAUGAGGAAGAAUCAACCAAAUAUUGUCAAACUAAACUUGAAGACCUCUCACAGACCCUGAGGGAAGCCAUUUCUGAAGGCACCUUCUCUGUACCAGGGGGUUACAAGCUCUACAGAAAAGAAAGAGAAAACAUGAUAAACAAUUAUCAUCAAGUGCCCAGGAAAGGGAUAAAGGCAGAUGAGGUCCUCCAAAGGUUUCUACAGUCACUGGCAAUGACAGAAGACUCCAUCCUGCAGACAGAUCAAGCUCUCACCGACCAAGAGAAGGCCUUGGAAGUUGAACAGGUCAAAAGAGAAGCAGCUGAGAAGGAGAAGAAGUUGUUGGAACAGCAACAGAUGGAAAUGCAGCAAAAGAUGGAAGCUCAGCAGCAAAGUUAUGAAGAAAACAUCAAGCAAUUGAAAAAGAAGAUGGAGGAAGAUAGGAUCCAGAUACUGAGAGAACAGGAAAUGAUUCUGGACCAUAAGCUAAAGGAACAAAAGAAGCUGAUGGAGGAAGGGUUUCAUGAGAAAGCUAAGGAGAUGCAGAGACAGAUGGAGGGCCUACAAACAAAGAUGAAGGCUGCUGAGAGUAAAGGGUCCUCCUGGUUUUCCUCUAUAUUAGAUACUCUUGGCACUGGAUUGAUGGUCCUAUUACCUGGUGCAGGAAAAUUCCUUGGCUUGGGAAUGAAAACAUUGGGGAAUUUGAUUCCAUAAUCAACUGGGUUUCAGUUUCUCAAAAAAAGAGUUAAGAACAUUUGUUUCACGUAAUAAAACAAGGCACCACGACUUU